UACACAAAGUGCACUAAUGUGUCGAUUAUAGUGUGUUGUGUAAGUUGUGCCGCAGUUUAAGAUGUUACAAAAAUAGCCGCGAUCUAAAUAGAACCGAUUUUUGUUGACCCGGACGGAUCGAAUGGUCGCUUUCAUAGACGAGUAAAGACAAAAAAAAAAAUGGCCAGAAACGAGAAGAGUGAAUACGGUAAAAAGUUCAAAGAGCAACACCAUCACUUCUCUCCGACGUUGUGGAACAGCACCUACUUGACUCGAAACGCGUCCAACAAAGCUCUGAUCGACUUCGAGGUGAAACCGGACAGAAGGGGACGGAGGAAGUCGCGUUUCGAGACGAGAUGGGAUGAACUUCCAGAUCCGAUCUUGGAGCAGAUCUUCAAGUAUCUAACCAUAAGGGAACGGUACUACGCGAGUCUGGUCUGCCGCUCCUGGUACGAGGGCUUCUAUCUACCCUACGUCUGGUCAGAGUUCGUGCUUGGAGAUAGCACACUAACUAGAGCGCGCUUCAACUAUUAUCAAGGAUGGCAGUACGUCUUGGAUCACGUACGGACGCAGAUGUGCCUCACCCAGGUCGGGCCGCACUUCCGAAAGCUGACCUUCGAACCGAUGAUGAACUUCUUCAACCUGUACGAAUUCAUGAACAUGGUUUCAUGGUACUGCGAACAAAACGACAACAGAUUGGUCAACGUGAAAGGAGUCGCCGCGAAGGUGAGAACGUUGCGGUUCACCUUCCCAUGCAACAUGGACAGUCGGGAGGAUUUCGAAGGAGUCACGCUUUUCGGAACGGGAGGACGGUUAUUAGGUGCGCUGAAGAGGCUCAUGUCCAAUUUACCGAAACUGAAACGACUGGAGCUAAUCGAUCUGAUGCUGGAUUACAAAGAAGCUCAACACCUCUUGGACGGGGUGUGCGAAGCCUGCUGUCUAACCCUCGACACGCUGGUUCUGAUCAACGCGACGAAGAUGAGCCAUCAGAUCCUCCACGUCGGCGUCUUCUUAAAUUUACAAGUACUUGUAUUGAGCCCUCAGAAUUUAGGCGAUGACGUGAUCGAGCUAAUCGGCUACACAAAAUUGAAGCAUCUGCACAUCCUCCAGAACAGGUACACACCGGAUUGCGUUGAGACGCACGUCGAGCCGAAAGUUUGGAAGAGCUGCAAGAAGAGCAAUCCACGUAUCUCGAUUCACUUCGAGAUGGAAUGUAUCAAAGAGAAAACUAUAAUUUGGCCGAUGGGUGCGCCCAUCAACAGCAUAAUCUACGACACCCCAACAAUAGGAGUGGAAUUAUCGCACGUGAUCCAAAUAAUUGAAAAUUAUAAGGACAGUCUGCAAGUGUUUGGGCACAAGGGUUUGCCAAGAGGAUACAGACCGAAAUCGUUUCACAGCAGGAUCGAUGAACCUGUUAUGUUUCUGUGCAGAAAAUGCGACAAUCUUAAAGUCUUGGUGAUCAGCGAAAGGGUAUCAACUGCUACGUUGCUGCUGAUCGCAACGACGUGCAGGAAACUGAAGAAGCUGCACGUGAGACGAAACGGCGUGAUCAAGAAAUGCGAUUGGGAUUACAAUCAGACGUGGUCGGACGAGUAUUACCAAUGGUUAAAGGAUAGCAGCAGAUCGUACGAGACGGUGGAGAGGGAAAUCUCGGAGGUGCUCGGUUACAAAUGGUGCAUGUUGAGCGACAAGAACUUUAAGGGUUUGCACGUGGAUCUCCACGAGGAGUUGUAAUGAAUUUUUGUUUGAUUGAGGAGGAGGAGGAGGAGGGAAAGGCGCUUACUCACGUUUAAUCGCUUGUCGGGAGGGUGAUGAACAUUUGCG